AUGACGCCCACGGGAUCUGGCAAGAGAUUGAAGACCAGCCCCUCCGGCGGGGACUCGCCGGCUCCACUGAACAGUGACGGCGGAGACAGCUCAGACUCCCAGUCACGGGGGCGCAACACUAACUGGUACCCCGGAUCCUGGUCCUCUGUUGCGAGAGUCUCCAAGGCAGCACCAGUUACCGAGGUUGCCCGUGAGAGCAUAUCAGCCGCCAGAAAUGUAGCAUCGAACAUCACUAGCUCAUCCACUUCCCUUCUUGACAACCCCACAAAGAACCGACACCCUUCCAUUCAACUCACACGAAAAGCGGGCGCGUCGACCAGGUCUCUGCCUGCUAACGCUACCACAACCCGAGUCAACGUUGCAUCAGACGGUUCGUCUUCAACUGCUGCCGAAGAGUCUGGGGAACCCACGGCUGCCGAAUCGGCAACAUCCGAUAAAGAAACACUUGGCGAGAGUGAUUCCAAGCCAUUAGAGGAACCGGCCAAGGAGCAGAAGACCACGCCCGACGCCGAGAAUACCCCAUCUACCAAGGGCACCGGCCAAUCCCCUGGUUGGCUUUCAUGGUUAUAUGGACCAUCAGCUACACCUGAAGGUGCCGCGAAUUCGAAUGCCACUGAAUCUACGGAAGCUGCGGAACAUCCGUCGUCCGAAGACCAAAGUAUAGAGCAGGGAGCUGGACCUCCCGUAAAAGACUCCACGACACGGGGAGAGGAACCAGAACCAGUGACAGACCAGAGCAACGAUACUGACGAACCUACCUCCACCGCCCAAAAGCGAUCGUGGCUUCAGAUGUGGUAUGGUAUGCCUAUACGGAGCAAGCAAGAAGAAUCUACACCAUCUACGGCCGCUCCUUCAACGAAGGAUAGUCCUACCGAGUCUUCCAGCGCAGACAUGGCUCCCCCAGAUCCCCCAGAUGAUGCAAAGAAACCGACAAGUGGAUCACAGACCCCAGUCGGAACCACGAGAUCAUCUGGCUGGUCAUUCUGGUCUAAGGAAUCGGCCAAAGCUGAACCAUCAGAUGGACCGCAGCAAGGCGAAGCUAUCGAGGCAUCAGUGGAACCCAAUGCCCAGUCGAAAGCUACACCGGCUGAGCCAAAUACAGACCCAAAUGUGAAGAUAACCCAGAAAGGCAGCGUGACAGUCAAGCCGCCCAAAGACAACAAGGCCAACCUUGAAGACACGUCAACAACCACACCACCCACUGAGCCCCGACCAGCCGAUUUCACCCCUCCAAAACAAUUACAGAAAAUCCUUCCCAAUCAAGUACUACCAAGUUUCGAAGAAACGUACCCAUUCGAGGCAUCGCCUUCGAUUCUGCAGAGCCUUGGUCGAAUCCUGCAUUACGGAAAGGGACCAGAAACCAGACAUGUCAGCAGGGUCAGAGAAGCAGUACGUGUCAGACGCGCCUUGGCUAUUGGAGUGCACGGGUAUUUCCCAGCUCCGUUCAUUCGAAACAUCAUCGGGCAGCCUACCGGGACGUCCAUCCGCUUCUCCAAUAUGGCAGCUGAGGCAGUUCGGAAGUACACCGAAGGCCAUGGUUACUCCUGCGAAAUUGAGAAGAUCGCAUUGGAAGGCGAAGGCCGGAUCACGGAGCGAGUGGACCUCCUGUGGAAGCUGCUUUUGAACUGGAUGGAGGAGAUCCGCAAAGCAGAUUUCAUAAUGAUCGCAUGUCACAGUCAAGGCGUGCCAGUAGGAAUUAUGCUCGUCGCCAAGCUUAUUCAGUUCGGCUGUCUUGACGGUAAGAGAGUUGGAAUCUGCGCCAUGGCAGGUGUGAACCUUGGCCCAUUCGCGGAUUAUCGCUCUCGGUGGAUCAGUGGCUCGGCUGGAGAGCUGUUCGACUUCGCAUUGCCUUUCAGCAAGGUCUCGAAAGAGUACGAAGCUGGUCUCAAAUGUGCUCUUGAUUUCGGUGUUCGCAUUUCUUAUAUCGGAAGUAUUGACGAUCAACUCGUUUCAUUGGAGUCCUCGCUUUUUUCGCCAAUCACUCACCCCUACGUCUACCGCGCCGUCUUCGUGGACGGCCGGGUGCAUGCCCCAAGCUUCCUCUCUCACUUAGUCGGCUUCGCCCUCAAGCUCCGUAACCUCGGUAUAUCCGAUCAUGGUCUAAUCCGCGAACUCAGCACCCCGCUCGCCGGGAGUCUAUACUCAGGAGAAGGACAUUCCCGGCUAUACGACGACGAAGCCGUGUAUGCUAUGGCCAUUCAAUUCGCACUGGAGACAUCUUCCGUUCCAGACUCCUCGCUCAGCAUCAAGCGAGCCAGCAGCUCCACCACGCCAAAUCCUUAUAUUCUCCCCUUCGCUAUGCGCGGUCUCUUGGAAGAAGAACAUGUGCGACGGGAGAUGUACGACGAGACUAUACAAUUGCUCCGCCAGUUUGACGACUGGAAGCCUACCAGUAAAGCCCUGAAAGAUGUCAAGUUCCGGCUUGAGGGUAUUCGAUCCAAGCUCUAG